AGACUGUGAGUGUUCAGUGAAAAUUGUGGCACUUGUACAUCGAUCUACUGCGAGUAUCACAUGGAAGUCGACGAUGAAAACUCAAACUCGGGAUCCCCGGAUUCCAAGCCCCCUUCGUCCUAUUUGAACGUAUCUGACGGUAUAUCAAUCGUUGAAGAAAUCAUCGGUGCGGAUGGUUCGUGGUUCCUGGCUGACGGAGUCAGUCCCGAAACGGCUUACCUCACUUCUCGAACUACUGCGCUAUCCACAUCUCCUUCCGGAAUUGGAGAUAGCGCAUCACCUCGAAAGUCUGGAUCUAGAAAAUCAAGCACAUCUCUGAAUUCUGGCGUCCGAGGUCGUUUGAUGACGAAAACGUUGAAUUAUUGGACAGGACCGCCAGUGGUGUAUGAGAAACUGGAACGAAGCAGGCAAUCUGCUCGAGAAUGCAGAGCUCGGAAGAAACUUCGCUAUCAGUACCUGGAAGAGCUCGUCACGAGCCGAGAGAAGGCCAUAAAUUCUCUUCGCCAAGAGCUGGAUGUGUAUCGGAAGGUUGCCAAAGAGAUUGACGAAGGCAGAAUCCCUGAUGGAGUGAUGGAGUUGAUCAAAGGCAAUGUCAAAACAGAGGAUCCAAUGAAAGGCAUGGGCACCAUCAAGCUGGGCAAAGGGUCUGACUGUUCCGGAAAUGCGAGUUUUGAAAUUCGACAUACUUUCUCCUGGUCCAUCCUGAAUCGUGACAUUUUUGAACAUGCCAUGAUCUUGAUUCUUUUCGUAGGUAGUUCAGUGUUGAAAAUGUCUGCGAGAGACUUGCAUUGUUUCGUGUGUUCCGACUAUGAAGAAGGGGGAUCGGAUGAAUACGCGUUCAUCCCCAUCUUCGGACAAGCAACCGAGUGUACCAGUACCGAGUUGGUCGAGAAGCUCGGUUCCAUCCUCGGGAUCGUCAUGCCUUGCGACGGGGAUAUCGUACCUUCUUUGUGUGUUCGGUGUUACAAUCUCAUAAAUGACAUCGAUGGACUGGAAGUGAAGUUGCGCGAGGACAUCUACGAUUUGCGAAUGUUGUACCAGAACGGAGUUGAUGCCCGUCGCCUGGGCGUGAAAAUCAAGCGUGAUAACGAAACCUUCUGGGGAGACAUUCGAGAAGAGAAUGGACAGUCGUUUAUGCCUAUUUCCGGGCUUGACGGUGCAGCGCUUGAUCAGCUUACGCUCAGAAGUGCCGAAAGAGUGGAAACAAGUGCAGAGAAGCAGUCGAAAAGUGAUGAUGUUGAAGACAGCCCGAGUGUUCCUUGUGAUGCCAAAGAUACAAUAAUCGAGCACGUGAAGGUGGAGCACGAAGACGUGCGUGCGAGAGACACAUUUGAAGCAGAAAUCGACGACUCUGAACCCUCAACGUCUAGUCGAAAGCCGCAACUGGCGUCUAUGGAGCACUCCGUGAAGAAGAAACUCGUCCUCGGAGGCUCGACGCAAUCAUCCAGAUUCCCCAGCUCUCAAGACGAAGACAUGAGUAUGUUGCCUGCCUGGUCCGGAGACGAUUUCAGCGACGAGGAAGACGAUGACGAAGAUGAUAUGGAAGAGACGGUGAUGAUUGAGAAUCCGCGGAGAUUCCGACGCGACGACGAACCGGAUGAAGGAUCAUCUGGUGGUGGUGGUGGUGGUGGUAAAGAUGAUUCCGUGCAUGAUGCUCAAGAUGUGCCUUCUCGAGACGGCGGUUCUUCAAAAGAUGCGAACGAUAGGAAUCCGUCGGGUUCGUCGUCAUCUGUGACGAAGACGGCGCCGCUUGCUGUGCGAACCGAAGGCAUUUUCAACAGUCGUAUGCCAUCGCACAUGAUUGCCCCUGGGCGAUUAAAAACGCUCAUCGUAAGGGAAGACGUGAAAGUGGCGUCCAUUCAGCAUAACCUUCGUCAUGCCACUUCAACGAGGUACGCGUACGCAUGCAACAUUUGCAACAAGAAGUUGAAGAAGCGCGAUGCGAUGGAGGAGCACUUGAGGAUCCACAAAGUGGCGGCAAAGGUGCCGUUCCAGUUGGAGAAGCUGGACGAGAACGAGGAGAACAGCAACCCGGAUCAUUUCACCGACUUGGACGGCUCGAUGGAAACGUCGGACGUGAUUUCCGUGGGCAAUAUGCAACGCAUCUUGUCUCAACUCUGCGACGUGAGCGGGAUCGGAGACAACACGCAGUUGUUUUUCAACGAGCCGAGGUCCGUGUUGAACACGUCGAAUCGCGGCGGCCUCUGCGACUUGUGCGGCAUGAACACGCCGAAUUUGUACUUGCACAAACGCACAGUUCAUCCCGACGUGACCAUGUUCCGGUGUUCGUGUUGCCAAAACGUUUUUGCGGACGAGCGCCGGUAUUUGGAGCAUGUGACGAAGGAGAGUCGGCUGGGCGCCGGCCGGAAGUACGUGUGUCCCGAAGAAGGAUGCGGAGAGAUUUUUUCGCGUCUCGGCCCGUGGCGCUCUCAUAUCCGCAAUGUGCAUUCCGACUCACGAUCCGCGUGUUCCAAGUGUGGCAAGGUGUUCUAUUCAUCCUACGCGAUGGUGCACGAGAUGAAGUGCAUUGGAAGAGUGGAGGAUUACGCGUCUCCGGAUGACUAUCAUCGUCGGAGAAUAACGAAGCGAAAGCGAACGAACGCCUUCAAUCCGGAACUCUUCGGUUUGGACAAGAAUGAAAACGAUUUGCAAUUUUGUCCGAAAUGCUGUCGUAAGGUGAAGAAUCGUUACUGGCUCGUCGUUCACAUGGACAAGGUUCACGCACCGAGACCAUACCAGUGUGGCCAGUGCGGGAAAGGGUUCCAGCGCCAGGACCAACUCGACAUCCACAUCGUGUGUCACACGGACAAGGUCGCGUUCCGCUGCGAAGUCUGCGGCAAGAACUUGGCGAACCCCUCGUCCCUCAAGAAGCACUUGUCGUUGCACGAGGGUCGACAGACGAAGCCUCACGAGUGCGACGUUUGCGGCAAACGGUUCUCGGGUCGGGACAAUCUCAACGUUCACGUCCGCGGAGUUCACUCGACCUCGGACGACCUCCGCUACAUUUGCGACGUUUGCGGGAAAAAGUUUCCGAUUCUCGGCUGGCUCAAGAACCACUUGCGCUCGCACACCAACAACCGGCCGUACACGUGCACGCAUUGCAAAAAGUCUUUCAAGGAGCCGAAUAAACUGCGAGCGCACGAGCGGCUUCACACUGGCGAAAAGCCCUACGUGUGUUCAGUGUGUCGAGAGGGUUUCAUCCGGGCAGAAGGGCUGAAGAAGCACAUGCUGCGCGUGCAUCAAGUCGACUCGUCCAAGAUGUCGUAUUUGUUGAUUGAAGACACGACGCAAGUGUUCGGGAGUUCGUCGUCGUCAUCGUCAUCCAAGCAGGGGAAGCUGGAUGAAGGCGAAGCCAGUGCUCAACCCGCGAGUCCGUUAAUUGAAUGAUGAAUUGUUGUGUGACUCUUUUAUUCUUUUUUUUUGGUAUUGAGCGUCCAAAAAGUUGCUGUGCAGUGAGAAAAACUUUUUUUGGCGAAAUCAAAUUUCGAUUUUCGUGUAGUAAAUUUCGAGGAAAAGAUCGCAGUCCCGUUUGUGUUUACUGUUUCGUUUUUGAAGAUGGAUUAUAUUCGUAUGUGUUCGCUAGUAUCCCAGAGUUUUCUAUUACUGCAUUCUGCCGCUUUAAUUUGCCGUUCACCUUGCUGUAAUCAAAGACUUAAAAACAGAUUCGGUUGCAGACCACCGGUUCGCGGGAAAUUUUCUUGAGCAUAAUAAAAUUUUAUCAAAAGUCUUGAUGAAAUCCGUUAUCUUUGUUUGUAAUUUAGGAGAGGCUGCAGAAGUUGAAAUUCUGUGAUGAAAAAAGAAAGUGGGUUUUUCUGCUGCUAAUGCUUUGAACAAAUUUUAACUUGCUGAAAUAAAUUAUUUUCAAGUUUUCAUUGUGAGAAACUUUUCUUGGACCCACGCUUUCUAAUUCUUCAAGGCAAUGUAGAAUAGCUACUUCAUUGGUUCUUAACUUAAUUUCUGCAAUGAAAGCUUCAUUCAGAGGACUUGACGCCAGGUAUGGAGAAAAUUCCUGCUGGUCUGCAAAAAUUGGAAAGAAAUUCGCUGGUCAGCAGGCCCAAAAGAAUUGAAGAACUCCGCUUUAAACUAUAUGCUCAAUAUUCAGAGGUAUCCAAAUUAGUAAGCAAAACAGUAUUUCACUCAAAUUAAAUGCAUACACCUGUAUUUUGAAGUUGACAUCUAACCACAAAAAUAAAGAGGAAAUCAUGAUAUGGACAUUCUAGCAGUUUUUACCAGUGAAUAUGAUUUUAUCUGCUAAUAUCUAUGAGCAGUAUAAUUUUUUUUUAAUGAAAUAAUGCUUACAGUGGAUUUGUUUCUUGGUCCAAUAGAUGCAAUGAUAUUUCAAUUUCGUUUCAAAAAAUGUUUCCUUUGUAAUGAAGAUUUUUGAGGUCCCAAUAAGUGCUUCGUUGUAACUAAAUUCUACUUCAGUUUUUGUGUGUCUUUUUAUUUUAUUGCGCGCGAAAUCUGUGGGCCAUUCUUCGAGAUCUAUUUGACAUAAUUCCGUGCAAAGCACAGGUUUUUGCUGAAAUGUUGCUUGAGAGUUAUUUCUAAUACAGUACUGCAUUAUUUUCAAAAACUGCGAUAUUUCUCACAGCAAUAUGCUAAAUUUUUACUGAGGCUACUUGAACUUUUCAACUGCUGAGUAACUUUGUGGACACCUCAUAAAACCGAGUGAAGAAUGAACAUCAGCAGCGAUGUCAUGAACUCCACACCUCUUUUUCAAACGUAGUUUUCUUGUUUUUCUUCUUCGAGUACUGACGAUUGAAAAGCAUGGAAUUUUUGCCACGCAAGUGAUGAAACUCUUAAUAUUCGCUUAUUGUCGGAAUGUAUUAUUGGUCUCUCGGCGGAUCGUCGUUCGAAGAACUGCGGGAAAUUCAAUGUUUCUCUCGUUAUACUCCCGAGUCCCAACUGAGAUAUACCUAUUUUUGUGGAGGGAAAAAAUCUCGAUUGUUCAUCAAAUGAUUGUUGGAAAAAGUGUUGUUGCAUUGAAUUGUCGCGAGUUUCGUUCGUAUUAUUGUUGAAUUCGCAUCGCCAUGUGCUUUGACUUCGAGUAUACCUUCUUGAAUAUUUGUGUGAGAUACACCUGCUGGUUUUUGUAGUGAAUGAGCGAGUCUUCA